CAAGCGCGCAGACCUAUUGGUGACCCCGCGAGAGCGCGUCGCCUGUUAUUGGCAGAUGUGAGGCCAAUGCUGUGUCGCUGAGAGCCGUGCCUGCUGGAGCGGGGCAAAGAGGAGCGUUUCUCUGAGGGAGAAGUUGGCUGGAGGUGCUGAAGAUGGCGGAUGGAGACAGCGGGAGCGAGCGCGGGGGCCUCCAGCACUUCCAGCGGGAGCAGGAGACCCAAGAGCUGGCGUCCAAGCGCCUUGACAUCCAGAACAAGCGCUUCUACUUGGACGUCAAGCAGAACGCGAAGGGCCGCUUCAUUAAGAUAGCGGAGGUGGGCGCUGGGGGCUCCAAGAGCCGCCUGACUCUUUCCAUGUCCGUAGCGGCCGAGUUCCGCGACUACUUCGGGGAUUUCAUCGAGCAUUACGCCCAGCUGGGGCCGAGCAGCCCGGAGCAGAUUGCGCAGUCGUCCGCCGGCGAUGACGGAGGCCCGCGGCGGGCUCUGAAGAGCGAGUUCUUGGUACGCGAGAACCGCAAAUACUACCUCGAUUUAAAGGAGAACCAGCGCGGGAGGUUCCUCCGCAUCCGCCAGACCGUCAACCGAGGUCCCGGCUUCAGCGUCGGCGGAGGAGGGGCCGGUCCCGGCGGUGGUGUGCAGGCCGGCCAAACCAUCGCGCUGCCGGCGCAGGGCUUGAUCGAGUUCCGAGACGCGCUCGCCAAGCUCAUCGACGACUACGGCGGGGAGGACGAGGAGCUCAGUGGGGGGCUCGGGGCCGCGGGGGGCUACGGCGAGCUCCCCGAGGGCACAUCCAUCAUGGUGGACUCCAAGAGGUUCUUCUUCGACGUGGGCUCCAACAAGUACGGCGUGUUCCUGAGGGUCAGCGAGGUCAAGCCCAGUUACAGGAACUCCAUCACCAUCCCCUUUAAGGCCUGGGGGAAGUUCGGAGGAGCCUUCUGUCGCUACGCCGAGGAGAUGAAGGAGAUCCAGGAGAGACACCGGGAUAAGAUGUAUGAGAGGAGAGAGGAGUCCGAGGGCGAGGACGUGGACGACGACUGACCCCAGGAGAUGUGUGAAACAAAAAGUGCAUGAACUGAACUCAAAUAGCCUACUAAAAUAUUCAUCGGACAGAAAAAUAGAUCUGUGAAGUUUCUGUGUGGUGAGGGUUUGGGGAGGGGGGGGGGGGGGGGGGGGUUGUCCAAGUUUUAAGGCGUGGGGUGAAGGAUGUCUCGUUGGGUUUGAUUUAUUCCUGAUGCUGCCCUGUCCUGUGAAACCAGCAAGUUUAAUUGUCUUAGCUCACAAUUAAACUUUUGUUACAUCAAUGCCAAGGCUGCUGAAUUUCAAAAGCGGCACGUAUAUGAUAAAACCAGGCUAUAAGGGUGCAAACAUGUUUUUAGAGGGGAGAAGUUUAGUAUAUACAGUAUAUAUAUAUAUCUAGCGUCACUGGUCUUCAUGGUGUGUUUCCUACCUAGGCAGCAGGGGACUUUCAAAACGUAUAUCACAAGUUUUGUUCCCAGUUUAUUUUUUCCCUUUUAUAGACAACUGCUCCCUUUUUUGUUCUCAGACCAACAUGACUUUUAUGGUUUGGCCAAUUUAAUUGAGCAAUGAAAAGUUUUUAAUUCAGAUUUGGAGCAUUUUGACCCCCUGGUUUGGAGUUUGUGUGUCUCGGCUGUUUAUGGCGAGACUUUUUAAAGUCAUAAUCUGACUUUAUUACAGGCAUUAUUGAUGAAAAUGGUUGCUUUGUGCACAUCCUUCCACCGGUGCUAUAAAUUGAUGGUGAUAUAUUUUGGUUUUGGGGUCAACAUUCAACAUCAACAUUGGGUCCAAGUCCCCUCAGAAUAUUUAAGGACCGAUUGCUUAAGUCAAUAGAUGCAUGGUAUUAGUUAAUAUAAAGGACAGCUAUGUGGGCGAGUGUUUUCACCCUGUCCCCUUUAGUGUUGUCUUUUUUUUUUUUUUUAUGUGAGAUCAUUCUUUAUCAGAGAAUACGAAAACAAACCAGCAUAUUUUUAAAUACACAAAGUAAAAAUUAUAUAUAAACUACAGAAUUAUUAAAGCUCAAGAAGCUAAUUUUGUAAAAAAGAGAAAUAAGCUGGGAUUGGAAGACUGUCCAGUGUAUGUGUUUUGUGGAAGAUUAGAUUAGCCUUGCGAAACGUCACCCUCCCAAGCUCCUCCCACAACCUUUUUGAGUUUACAGCACGCACUUCAUUAUGUUUUCUUUCUACGUGUUUAAUAUCAAGCAUCUUUCCGGUAGUCUCGUGUGUCCAUUUCUGAGCAUGCCCGUCCCACAUUUGCCUUUUUAUUUAAUUUAUUGCUUUCUCUUGUGUAGUAUCUGCAGCUACUACUACUAUAUUAAUGCAAGAUUUUUGUUUAGCCUUUCACCAAAAAUAUUAUAAAAAAAAUAAUUAAGUAGACCAGUGGGUUACGAUGGAGAAAGAUUGUUAACGACGUUAAACAAAUCUCAUCCAUGCACUUUAGCAAAAACACAAAAUGCGUUAUGUUUGCGUCCACCGCGAAGAAUUGAACAACAUUUUCUUUUGUUGGGGGGAGCAACAGUGUUUUGUGAAGCCUCCUUUGACGUGUUUCGUGUUAAAUGGCAGCUGUUGAAGUCAUGUAUACUGCUGUGAUCUUUCCUAAAAUGCAAGAUGGUCGAGUUGCAUCCCGUGUUAUGAAAUCUUUUCACACACUCUUAUCCGUUUGCUGCACACUUGUUAAUGGAUGCCAAUCUCUGCGCUCGUUCUCUGUACUUCCACGAUUGCAGCAGCUGUUUCUCCUCAAAAGUGCGCUGACUUAGCAGGCCGGCUAUUUUAAUGCGAGAAGCAUGAACAGGGUGAGCAUUCCUGCCCUGGCGGCCGUGGAUUCAGCUGUGCCGUUUGCUCUGUAGUCCGGCGAGGCACAAGGGCCCGAUUGUUGAUUCGUUUGCACGCCACUGCAAAUGUUAUUACAUCAGCAGACUGCAUUCGCUGCACGUGAUAAAGCCACAUAAUGGAGAAAAACCCGUCGUUUGACACCGUAACAUACAGCAUUGAGUGUUUUCUGUGCAACCUUAAAAAACAGGCCCUGAUUUGGCAGCCGAGCCUAAACGGCAAUAGAAAGCGUGACACAGCAGCUGUUUUGGCAGGACAUUCUUGCGUUUCCCCCCUGCCUGCUCCCCUCCUAAGCUGCUGUUCAGGUUGCUCUGCUAAACUGAGCAUUUGUAGAUGGGAGGCACCAUUCGGGACUCAAGGGGGGCUGAGUUGGCUGUAUAACAGGACUCACUGCUCGCUUUAGGAAGGAGAUUUGCCAUAUGCUGGCGUGUCUAAAUCAGCAGCGUUUGUGCAUUCAUUUUGAUUGUAUGACCCAUCAGUACUAAUAGUGAAGUGAAUGUGUCAUAUGGAACAACUGAGACUAAUUGUUUCAGACUUGCAUAUGACAACAAAAAAGCCAUUUGAAAGCAUUUUUUCUUCACUUGGAGAGAUGCAUUAAAACCCUCUAGGCGGCUAAACUUCAAAGUGGAGUUGAAUAUCGCAGCACUUUUUUUUUUUCCAUUCGUUUAAAAUGAGGAAUCGGGCACAAAUCUCUUGCAGAACACCAGAACACUUUCGACUGAACUUGGCUGAGUUUAUUUCUGAUGUAAUAUAUAUAUUACAUCUAUAUCUUACAUGUGCUGUAAAAGUUUGUUUUCCGCCUUAUUGUCACUAAAAAGAAAAACAAAAGGGACAGGAAGCAAUACUCAUCCAGAGGAAUGGGAUUAUGAGUUCAUUUCCUGUCAGGCUCUUCGCCCGACUCUCACAAUUGGCCGAUUUGUCUUCCUGUUUCCUGAGGUUGGGAUUUGUGCAAAGUUGUGUGGGGCGUCUGCAUACUUUUCAAAUGAACAAUACCUCUGUACCACUGUACGAAAACUUCUGAAAGAAUGUUCUGUUAUUGCAGGUGACUCACCCGAGCUCUUAACAGCAUCCAUGUGUCAACUACAUUUUCCUGAUCAUACGCACAAGAGCAGCAAUUCAUAGAACAAUCUUUAUCAAAAGGUAGCUAUUUUUCCAAUACCUUAUGUGUUCAGAGAUUUUAACGUAGGAAUGCCCUCGUCUGGUUUAAACUCAGGUUCUUGGCAUUCUUCACACAUAUAUAAUCUGUUACUUGAUGCUGAAGUUACGGAGCUACUGCAGGACACUGUCAAGAGCUCAGGUCUCAGAUACUCAAGAGUAUCUCCACCCAUCCCAUCAAGCCCCGCCCCUCACACUAGACUGCUUCUAUCAAAUCGGGCAGCCUUCCAUUUCUCCCAUGGCUAAACCUUUUUUUCUUUUGGAGAUUUACAAGUCUAUAUUUAGAAAAUGCUAUGUAUGUUUAUAACAGAAUAAAGGAAACUAUAAGUGAUGGAAAGCAAA